AGUUGCUUUCUCAAAAUUUGUGCUCCUUUCCUGCAUAAUUCAUUACAUACGAGGGAUGAUUGUGAUAUGAUAAAGAAAUUGAGCAUGUUUUAUACCACAAAAUCCGCUGAAUGACAGCAAAGUUUUCCUGCGAUCGCGCCAACCACAAACCUUGCCAGUUGUAAUCGGAACGUAAACAAUGUGGUGUAACAAAGUGCCGUUUCUUCUGUUCGUGUUUUGUUUGAUAAUUUUAACGAAUGAAACUCAAACACAAAUCGUUGAUCGCCCUAACGUAUUGCUGAUAAUUUUGGACGACUUCCGGCCAGCCAUCAACUAUGGUUACGGCGAUGUGAAAGCCAUCACUCCGAACAUAGAUCAGAUUGUUAAGAAUGGGUACUUUUUUGAAAAUGCCUUCGCACAACAAGCGCUCUGUGCGCCAAGCCGUAAUUCGAUGCUUACGGGUAGGCGCCCGGAUACGGUGCGCUUGUACGACUUCUAUAGCUAUUGGCGCCAAACAUCCGGCAAUUACACCACUCUUCCGCAGUACUUCAAACAGCAAGGUUAUCGUACCCAUUCCGUGGGUAAAGUAUUUCAUCCCGGAGCUUCAUCCAACUUUACGGACGAUUUUCCUUUAAGUUGGUCCGAACCUGCGUACCAUCCGUCGACAGAUGAGUACUCUAAUGCACCCGUCUGCAUCAAUCUGGUAGAUGGUCAACUGAAAAGAAAUCUUCUGUGUCCCGUGGUGCCCGAAAUGCAACCGCUCCACACUCUACCGGACAUAGAGAGCACUGAGGAAGCGAAACGAUUUCUGCAAACUGUUGGACAGGAUCCAUACUUUCUGGCCGUGGGCUAUCGGAAGCCUCACAUUCCGUUCCGAAUCCCGAUCAAGUAUCUUGAUCAGCACCCGGUAUCGAAGUUUAAAACACUCGAUCUUGACUAUCCACCGUACGGUUUACCCACUGUCGCUUGGAACUCUUUUCUUGAUGUGCGCAAUCGUGACGAUGUCCAGCAGCUUAACAUUAGUUUUCCUUUCGGGCGAGUUCCGGAUGAUUUCAAGCUGCAAAUACGCCAACACUACUAUGCCGCCGUCACAUAUGUGGAUGAUUUGAUCGGACAGUUGCUGAAGGCAGUCGAUCAAAGCCGGACGAUCGUUGCACUAACGGCCGAUCAUGGUUGGGCACUGGGAGAACAUGGCGAGUGGGCAAAGUAUAGUAACUAUGAUGUAGCCGUACGAGUGCCGCUUGUGAUUAGUGCUCCGGCACUACAAGUGCGCAACGAUCAUCAAAAGAUCGAGAAUGUCGUUGAAUUGCUGGACCUUUUUGCAACGCUUGCAGACCUUGCGGGACUUCCGCCGUUACAAACGUGUGACGUUAAACGACCACACAAAGCUACAACGUGCACGGAAGGGAAAUCUCUCCUGCCUCUAUUACUAUCAAAUUCUUCAGAGUACAACGAUCGUACUGAGUGGAUCGCUUACAGCCAGUAUCCUCGCCCGGGGGUAUAUCCCACGAUCUUCCCAAACAGUGACGAACCGAAGCUAAAGCAUAUAAAGAUUAUGGGGUAUAGUAUGCGCACGGAACGCUUCCGAUACACCGCAUGGAUAAAGUUUGAUCCGGCAAACUUCAAAAGAGACUGGAGUACAAUAUACGGCGAGGAAUUGUAUGAUCAUUUGAUCGAUCCACAAGAAAACAUGAAUCUCAGCGAUCGAACACCUCUAAUGGAGAUAAAGGACUUUCUACGAAUGAAACUAAAGGAAAAGUUUCCAUAAUACGACCAUGAACGUACCCUCCAAUCGAACUAACAACACCUUUUACAAGAAA